UCGGGAAGCUAUAUGAGCUAUAAAAAAGGCACUGAAUUUUCGUAUCAGUCAUCAGUCGCUCAGCAUCUGCACCCACAGCAACAACUCAAAGCAAAGCUCCUAGUUUCCAAGGAAUAUUCAAUACCAGAACUCAAUAUGAACUUCUACAAGGUCUUCAUCUUCGUUGCGCUCAUCCUGGCCAUCAGCUUGGGUCAAUCCGAGGCUGGUUGGUUAAAGAAGAUUGGCAAGAAAAUCGAACGCGUUGGCCAGCACACUCGGGAUGCCACCAUCCAGGGAUUGGGAAUUGCCCAGCAGGCUGCGAAUGUGGCCGCCACGGCCAGGGGCUAAGAUUAUGGACAAAUCAUGCUUAUUUAUUAUAAAAUUAUUUAUUUAGCUGUAAUGUU